AUGAGCACGAGAGGAAGCUUCCAGAAAAUCAUACUCUAUCAGGACUACGACCUGGCAGCAGAAACACUGCAUCUCCUUGUUGCGAGGGGAUUCGAUUUGAACUCCGCAUUCCCGCCCAGAUUCGACCCCCAGCUCCCGUCAAUAUUCGACUGCUGCGUGAAAAAAGGAUACUGGCCGCUGGUCCAGAAGUUAUCGGAGGCGGGUGGCCGGCCUACCGAGAGCUCCCUUGAAUGCUCGGUGGAGUCGGGAGACAAGAAUCUUGUGCGUUACCUCCUGGAAAGAGGUGCAAAGGUCGGUCAUUUCAGCAAUGUAACACGCCAUGGGGGGACAUCAACACCGCUUGCGGCAGCCAUUCGACUAGGACGGGACGGGAAAGAUAUUCUGAAGCUUUUGGUCGACCAUGGUGCUCUAGAUGGUCUGUCCGACCCAAUUGACUAUCUUGCAGCGCUCGAAGCUGCGAUAGAUGCCGCAAAUCAGGAAGCCGCCAUCUCCUUCCUGGGAAGAGAAAUCCCCAUACAGCCAGAAAAACUUGGAUUCGCAUUAAAGCAAGCCGUGAAGAAUCAGCAACCAAGUCUAGUGGAACUACUGUUGCGUACAGGGGCUCCAACCAACGAAUGUUUCAUCCGGGGCAAGUAUGGCCGCGGGAAUCUUUGCGACUAUGAAGGGCCACCGCUUAUGUUUGCUCUACAAGCAAGGAACCACCGGAUUGUACGACUACUCCUGAACUUUGAUGCGAUUCCCAACUACAGCGAUGAUAAAGCCAGGGCAGAGGCCAAUGGCUCGGAAUUGAAGCCCGCGAUCACACUGGCCCUUGAAUGGGGAGACGUAUCUAUUUUACAAGAUCUUAUAGAGGCUGGAGCUGAUCCAAACGCCUGUACGCUAUCUUCCGGACACCCACUUUCUAUGGCAGUCGACAGACGCAACAAAGCAAUGGUCUUGAUGUUGUUGCAAGCCGGAGCAGAUCUCAACGACCCGGUAGUGCGCCUGACAGGAGCUACACCACUCGCCGCUGCCGCGAAAAACCAAGACAUGGCCAUGGCUUUGUUCCUCCUUGACCAAGGCGCCAAUCCCUAUGACCCGUGGGCUUUCGCCGGGGCGGCAGCCACUGGCUCGGAACUAUGCAAGGUGUUGCUUGCCGAGCUUGGCAAGACCGCCCCUUCUCUACGAUCGAGACUUGGAAUUAUCGCUUUGAAUGAUGCCAUCAAAAGCGGCAGCAAAGAAACAUUCACGUGCAUACUUGCAACAUGUGCUCUCCAGAUCCCUGAGUACGAACGACUAGAACCGUCCUCCAAAAAUCCGCUAGAUGGCAUACUCUUCUUCUCGGAAGAGGUUGCUAAUCCUUUAGGACAUGCGAUCUUACAGGCGCAAAGAAACGAGCAAUUCUUCCUUCGCAGGCUUCUCAAUCAACAUGUCAAUCCUGAAACUGUUAUUCGCGAGAGGCGGACCGAGCAAAAUAUUUUCGAUCCUUUCCUGCCUGCACCGAUUCGUACAGCGUUUUUGGCUGCAAUAGACACUGGUAUCUAUGACAUCGUUGAACUAUUUUUAGAGCAUGGUGCCAAGGUGAACUGCGAAGCUCGCUUCAACAUCAAACGCACGCCGCUACAACGGGCAGCAGAGCUUGGAAACAUAGAUAUCGUGCGCCUACUUAUCAAUUGGGGUGCUGACGUGAAUGCUGCUGGCGCACGACGGAGGGGCGGCACUGCCCUGCAGCUCGCCUCAAUCAAAGGCAACAUGCCAGCGAUCGAGUUGUUGCUCUCACACGGCGCCAGAAUCGACGCACAGCCUUCGCAAGCUGAUGCCAGAACUGCACUUGAGGGUGCGGCCGAGAACGGCCGACUAGACACGGUCUCGCUCCUAUUGCAGCACGGCGCGGCGAUGGAGGGCAAAGACCGCCCACAACUGGAACGAGCGAUCCGACUUGCACGUGGCAAUGGUUUCGGGUAUGUUGGAGACAUGCUGGAGUACUUUCUCAAACACGGGAAGGUAACGGAUAGGAUUAUGUGGGACGAUUGUGUGGACUGGGAAGUCCAUGAUGAGGACCAGAAUGAAUGA